AUGUCAAAUAUGGAGAAAUACCUAUUUAACUUAAAGUUUGCUGCAAAGGAGCGUAAUAGGAAUGCCAAGAAAUGUGAUAAUGAAGAAAAGGCUGAAAAGGCCAAGAUUAAAAAGGCUAUUCAGAAAGGCAAUACAGAAGCUGCAAGAAUACAUGUUGAAAAUGCAAUCCGCCACAAGAACCAAGCAAUUAAUUUCUUGAGAAUGAGUGCUAGGGCUGAUGCUGUGGCAGCCGGCGUUCAGACUGCAGUAACAAUGGGCAAGGUAACCAAGUCCAUGACAGGUAUAGUUAAAUCUAUGGAUGCUACAUUGAGGAGUGUGAACCUUGAAAAGAUUUCUGCCCUGAUGGACAAAUUUGAACACCAGUUUGAAACACUGGAUGUUCAAACACAACAAAGGGAAGACACAAUGAGUAGCACUACAACCCUAACAACCCCACAAGGCCAGGUGGAUAUGCUGCUUCAAGAAAUGGCAGAUGAAGCUGGCCUUGAUCUCAGUGUGGAAUUGCCACAGGGUCAGACAGGAUCUGCUGGCACCAGUGUUGCUUCCACGGAACAGGAUGAACUAUCACAGACUUGCUCGUCUGCGUGA